GCUGGUGCAGUCCAUGGAACCACUCCAUCAGUCAAUCGACGCGCAGCUUGCCCGUCAUGAUUGCCUCAACUGUGCUUCUUCUCAAUCUUUUUUGCCUCGUUCAUAAUGCCAGCGCUCACAAAAAUGGCAUUGUGGGCUUCGGAAUCUCGCUGUACCAGGACCUAUGUUGCCAAGCAUGUCAUGAUUCGCUCUCCUCCCUCUAUCUGACUUGCACCACGUUCACUGAUGAGGGUAGCAUGUCGGGCAUGGACAUGGGAGACUCAUCAGAUAUGAUGGGCACCACCAGCGCCGACUGCUAUGCUACUAACAAGGCCUGGCUCCAGACAAUGGCGUAUUGCAUUCAGCAGAAUUGCAACGCCGAUGGAUAUCCUGCCAAGAAGCAGGCCAAGUGCUUCAGCAAUCAAGCAGUUGCUGGGGCGUCCACGCCCACGUUCGAGGAUAGUUUACCUGCCAAGGCUCCCACUUCAGAGCUGGCUGGGGAUGCUGUAUGGCUCAAUUCCACCAACUUGGUGAACAAAGACCUGUACUACGCGACACAUGGCACUCUGGGCGAGUUUGCGAGAUCCGAAUACCUUCACACGAGAUAUUCGGUGAUCCUAUAUUUCAUCGUCAUCGGCAUCUGCAUUGCCGGCGGCGUCAUAGCCCAAACCGCGAGCGCAUUCCCGACAUUCAAAAACCUAUUGCAGAAGUCCUCAUUCGCGUCCAAACUUCGAGGAUACAUCUUCCUACCCGCCUUGUUUGGCUCUCGACGCCUCGAAGCUCUCCCCGGCCACGCGGGAUACAUACCCGGCAGAACCCUGAGCAUAUUCAUCACCAUCUACAUCAUUCUGAACAUAAUAUUCUCGAGCGUCUCAUUCCGCAACUUUCAGCCCAAUACUUGGUUUCUUUCCCCACAGUUCGAGAUGUGCGAGUACGUCGGCAACCGAACCGGCACCCUUAGCCUUGUCAACAUGAGCAUUGCCAUUUUGUUCGCCGGCCGGAACAAUCUCUUGAUUGCUCUCACGGGAUGGAGUCAGACGACUUUCUUGACCCUGCAUCGGUGGACCGCAAGAGUGGCUGCUUUGCAGGCCGUUGUGCACUCCAUCGCCUACACUUUGGCCUAUUUCGAGCCGGGAUACGACGGAGCCUCAGCCUACGCCGCGAAAGCUGCAGAAUCUUUCUACUGGUGGGGAAUCAUCGCAACAAUUGCCCUGUGUCUAGCAACAUGCUUCGCAAUACUCCCGCUUCGCGUCAAAUUUUACGAAUGCUUCUUGAUACUCCACAUCGUUCUCGUAAUCCUCGCCUUGAUUGGAAGCUGGUAUCAUAUCGUCCCCCACUUCGGCUAUGACUACGGCUACCAGGUCUGGCUUUACAUUGCUUUCGCCUUCUGGGCUGCCGACCGACUCGCAAGGUUGCUCCGAAUCGCCUACUACAAUGACUUCAGUGACUCAAAGGCCAUUGUAGAGGCAGUUCCCGGAUCCAAUGUCAUGCAGGUAACUGUCUUCCCACGCGUUCCGUGGAGUUUCGGUCCCGGACAGCACAGUUUUCUUUACAUUCCUGAAUUGGGCAAAUUCUGGGAAAGUCACCCCUUCAGCGUUGCGGGUUGGACAAAACCAGGCCAAACUAUGCCCAUCGGUUUGGCUUCUGCCUCUCUUUCCAGCAGCCGCGACAAGGAGGUCAAUAUGGUCAAGGAUUCUCCAUUAAACCCCACAACGAUAACGCAACGAGGAGCGUCUUCAGGCGAACUUCGUGCUCAGAAUCGCCCAUCAAUCCGAUUCAUGAUCCGCGAACGUUCUGGCAUGACGUCUAGUCUCAGACGCCGCCUCUUGUUCUCUCCGUCUGGCUCGAACAUGAAAUUGUCCAUCUUCACCGAGGGCCCAUACGCAGGUCAUCGGGCAACCCUCCACCCACUGUUUAUUACCGACACUGUUCUUUGCAUUGCCGGGGGCGUUGGCAUAACAAACAUACUUGGGUAUGUACAGGAAUACGCCAGUUUUACUCUUCAAGCAGAUGAAAGCCAAAAGAAGGCCCGUGGAGUUAUCAAGAAAGCAAAGCGAUUCAUUCUUGCCUGGUCUGCUAGGGAGAUGAGCUUCAUCGACCAUGUCAAGAAGAACUUCCUCAUUGAUGCUGAAGACAUCGAGUAUUCCUUUUGGUGCACAGGCUCUCGCGAAAAUUCUGGAAAGCCGGAAUCCUUUGAUGAAGGCCAAAAGGCGGAUAACGUCACUUCGUCGAGGUCAGCAGCCUUGAACAUGGGCAGGAUGAAAAUCGAGUCUGUGCUAAAGGGAUCUGUGGAACACGGCCAGCAUACCACCGUUCUGGUAUGUGGACCUGGUGGAAUGGCGGAUGAAGUUACGAAGCAGGUUGUAAAUUCUGUCAAGGAUGGGUACAGAGUCGAUCUGAUUGAAGAAGCUUUUGCUUGGUAAUUCAUGC